AUGUACUCGAUUAGCUUGCUCCUGCUCCUCGCGAGUACUGGUUACCCUGAGGGUACCCGAGCAGCAGGCGGACGUCUCUCCAGGCGUCAAGGCUCUACACUGGUGCCAUUGUGGGGGGCUUGCAACUAUCCUAGCCAAGGCAUCAACGGACCGCUACCAUGCGCCUCAGGAACAUAUGCACAAUGUCGUGAGCAAGUCGGCGGUUCUUGGGCUCCCGACUCCUCUUGGCAAUGCCAACAACCUGGGGACACUGCGACGGACUCCUCAAGUUCGACCACUUCUUCCACGGGUGAUACUAGCUCUGGAAGCGGCACUGGCAAUGUCGCCUCACCGAACACCAACUCCGAUACAGCAACUGGUAGCAGCAAUUCACAGGCUGCUACCACAGGUGACUGCACCUCUACCAGCGCACCAGGUGGUUGGGACGGUAUUGCUUCUACGUCGUACUAUGGCUGGAUGGGCAGCUCCUGUGACUGUGGACAGAAUUCUUGGGAAUGGGGCGGCAGCUCUGGCGUCUAUAACGGCGCCGUCAACCAGAAGCUCUUCCAAGGCAGGAUCAACGGCGGUGGCCAACCGAACUGUGGGGAGGCCUGCGGAGGCUGCUAUGAGCUCUUUACAAGCGGCUUCAAUGCCUACAACGAUGGCGUCGGAAGCGGUUCCAUGAUCACGCUGCAGAUUGUCGAUUCCUGCUAUUCUGCGGGAGACCAUUGGUGUGGGAGCACGAGCGAUGAUUACAAGGAUAGUUCGUUAUGCUCGGUGCACUUUGAUAUCCAGACAGGUCCUCCUUUGUCACAUGGUCAGGCAGCUGUCGGGUCCGAUGGAACCACUUGGAAUGGUGAGCGAGAUUCGAACCCUCGAUAUGUUGAAUUGAGUGCUGAUUGA